CCGGUGGACGUAAAGCAGAAGGAGGCUGAUGUUAACAACAAGCUUCAGCUCUACGGGAUCUUCCAAGCAUUCUCCAACGGCAAGGUUCCCUCCAACAAGCAGAUCGAUAUUGCCCUGAACUCGGCGCUUGCAUCAAAACCUCUCAGUUCACCAUCCAAAAAGCUCUCAACAGAGGGUCAGCAGCUUGUCGGCGAUUUGAGGAAGGUCAUCGAGCAGGCCAAGAUCCUACUUCUCACCAAGAAUGAGGGCAACCUCCUCCAGGACUUCAUCUGGAAUGCUGAGCAGAUUUCCGGUGGAAACCAGAGGCUCCCUGGCGCACCUGUCGACAAGGAAACCGCCAAGCAGCACGGUAACGAGGCACUUGACGGCCUGCGAACGUUGGGCACUCUACUGAUCUCCAACGGACAAUUCAGAAAGCUUCUUUCCGAUGCUACAACUCUCCUCCGUGACAUUGCUGGAGACGCCGCCCAGAACACUGCCAACAAGGUGAAGCCUUCCGAAGAUGCCCUCAACCAGAUCGACCGUCCUGCUGAGGACAACACCUGGCACGAAAACCCCGACAUGUCCAAGGGCAACCUGAAGGAGACUCUGAGGCAGAAAAUUCCCAUCGGCAAACAGGAGGCCAAGCAGGUCGCCGGUGAUGUAAACCAGGCUGCUCAUCCUGACGGCUCCCGUGAUCUCCGUGACACCGCUCAGCUUGCUUCUCAUGAAGCUCAGUCUGGCAACACGACAAGCAUGAAUGUCCAGGACGGUCUCCAGCAGGGCAAGGAGCAGUUGAAGGCCCAGAUUCCCGAGGAGGACCAGGACAAGGCUCGCGCCCGUCGCGACCAGCUCAACAACUACCUCAAGGGCAAGAUGCCUCAGGAGCGCCGUGAGCAGACCAUCUGGCGCCUGAAGAAGAUGAUCGUCGAGGUACAGGGUCACCAGGAUUAUCAGCGUGCGAUUGAGACUCUUCUUAGCCUCGCUGAGCGUUACGCCGGACACGGCAAGCAGCUCGGCCAGCAAGGCGCUGGAACCGUGCAAGGUGCGCAUCAGGAAGAUGACGCUCUCACUCGUGCGGAAGCUGACAUCAAGACUCUCCUCGAGCGCUUCGCCAACAGUACCUCCGCCGAUGACCUCAUCGACUCCAUCAACCAGAUUUACAGGGACGCCGAUAAAGACCCAGAGCUUAAGGGCUGGUUCAGGCACCUCAAUCAGUACAUCCGCAAGUGCUUGCAGCAGCAGGGCUACAUCCUUGAGGACCGUUCUACCGAGGAGUGGAAUCAGAUCUACGACCAGGGUCACGAACUUCUUCGCGGUCGCUACCGUGGCCACACCGACCGCAUUGCCGACGAGUUCAAGUUCAUCGGUCAGCAGUUCGAUGCUGAUGAGCAGAACAGACAGUUCGCUCAGUCUGUCAACAAGCUCUUCCUUGAUCUUGGUAACGACGAGAAUGGCAAGACUACCUUCAAGCCUCACCUCGUCAAGGAUCUUACAGACGUCAUCCUUCCUGGUCUGUUUGAGAGCGUCCAGUACGUUCCCAUUCCUCGUAUCGAGUACAGCGAUCCCAUGGCCGAUGUUAUCAUUGAAAAUCUUGUCAUUGAGAGUGACAACCUUGCUCCCAAUGUCAUGGAGUUUGGCUCUGACAACUACUGGCGCUGGGGACGCAAGUCAAUUACCAACAAGAACAAGAACAAGGUCAUGCUCUCCGUUUCGGGUGUCCAGAUGGAUCUUCGCGAUGUCUCUUACUACCUGAAGAAGAAGCAGGGUUUCCCCUCCAUCACCGAUAAGGGUGUUAUGGACAUCUUCAUGGGAGGCUCUGGUUUCAGCUUCAAGGUCGAGCUUGAAACUGCCGACAAGGCUCGCGAGCACGCUCAGACCCACUUCUUCAAGGUCACCAAGGUUGAGACCGACAUCCAAAACCUGUCCAUCAAACUCAAGAAGAGCAAUCACAAGCUGCUCUUCAACAUGUUCAAGCCUUUGUUGUUGAAGGUCAUGCGCCCCGUCAUCCAAAAGGUCCUCGAGAAGCAGAUCAAGGAUUCUGUCAACCAGAUUGAUGCCAUGCUGUACGACGUCAAGAAGGAGGCUGAACGUGCUGAGGCUGAGGCCAAGCGCAACCCCGACCCUGAGCACCUCCAGAACAUGUACCAGCGCUACGCUUCUGCCGCCCAGAGCCGCGUCAUGCAGGGUAAGCAGAAGAAGGAGCAGCUUAAGGAGAAGACGAAGGACACCCAGGUCAACGUCGCUGUCACGCAGCACGACUCCAUCUUCAAGAAUAUCUCUCUGCCCGGUGGCAUUUCCACCAAGGCCACCGAGUACAAGGAGUUGGCUGCCAAGGGUGACAAGUGGGAGAGCCCUGUCUUCUCCAUUGGCUCCGCCCGCGAGACCUCUAGCCUGCCCCAGGUUGCCAAGGUUACUCGCAAGCCUCACGGACGUGCUGGUGGCUAUGACUCCACCACCACUCAUACCGCCGGUCUUGCUGGCAGCCAGGGACUCCCUGAUCGCUCAGGCCAUGGUUACCAGACUAGCCAGAUCGGUACCGGACCCGGCAACAGUGGCCUUGCUCAGGGCCAUCAGCUCCCCGGACAGACUGGCACAUACCCUGCGGGACUGAACCAGCAACAGCUUGGUGGCACUGGUGAGGGUGUUUACAACACUCAGUCCUCUACCCACCCCACAUCCACUACCAGUCAGUUCGUUAACCAGGUCGACAACGCCUUCGACAGCGCUACCGGUCACGGUCACGGCGACGGUGUUGCCUCCACCACCGGCUCCGGUGCCCCCGUCCAAGGUGAUUCUCAGUUCCACACCACCUUCGGCGACCAGAAUCCCGUGUUCCAGGGCCGCGCCUAA